GAAAACUUGUUUGUGCGACCGGAGCGGAGGGCGAGCGCGCGGGAAGUUCGAGUGUCGGACCCCGGGAGCUCCGGCUGGCAUGAGCCUCUGGGUGGACAAAUACCGGCCCUGCUCCUUGGGACAGCUGGACUAUCACAAGGAGCAGGCGGCCCAGCUGCGCAACCUGGUGAGUCAGCGGGACGGGGCGGGGAGAGCCGGAGGAGGGGAGGCCUUCGCCCUCCCGCUUCAGAAGGUGCAGUGUGGUGACUUUCCUCAUCUGUUAGUCUAUGGACCAUCAGGUGCUGGAAAAAAGACAAGAAUUAUGUGUAUUCUACGUGAACUUUAUGGUGUGGGAGUGGAAAAAUUGAGAAUUGAACAUCAGACCAUCACAACUCCAUCUAAAAAGAAAAUUGAAAUUAGCACUAUUGCAAGCAAUUACCACCUUGAAGUUAAUCCCAGUGAUGCUGGAAAUAGUGACCGGGUAGUAAUUCAGGAGAUGUUGAAAACAGUGGCACAAUCACAGCAACUUGAAACAAACUCUCAAAAAGAUUUUAAAGUCGUGUUAUUGACAGAAGUUGACAAACUCACUAAAGAUGCUCAGCAUGCCUUGCGCAGAACCAUGGAAAAGUAUAUGUCCACCUGCAGGUUGAUCUUGUGUUGCAAUUCUACAUCAAAAGUGAUACCACCUAUUCGUAGUAGGUGCCUUGCAGUUCGUGUGCCUGCUCCCAGCAUUGAAGAUAUUUGCCAUGUGUUAUCUACUGUGUGCAAGAAGGAAGGUCUAAAUCUUCCUUCACAACUGGCUCAUAGACUUGCAGAGAAGUCCUGCAGAAAUCUCAGGAAAGCCCUGCUUAUGUGUGAAGCCUGCAGAGUGCAACAAUAUCCUUUUACUGCAGAUCAAGAAAUCCCUGAAACAGAUUGGGAGGUGUAUCUGAGGGAGACUGCCAAUGCUAUUGUCAGUCAGCAGACUCCACAGAGGCUCCUUGAAGUUCGUGGGAGACUCUAUGAGCUUCUAACUCAUUGUAUUCCUCCUGAAAUUAUAAUGAAGGGCCUUCUCUCAGAACUUUUACAUAAUUGUGAUGGACAACUGAAAGGGGAAGUGGCCCAGAUGGCAGCUUACUAUGAACAUCGUCUACAGCUGGGUAGCAAAGCCAUUUAUCACUUGGAAGCAUUUGUGGCCAAAUUUAUGGCACUUUAUAAGAAGUUCAUGGAGGAUGGAUUGGAAGGCAUGAUAUUCUGACAUCUAUCAGUAAUUCUUCCUAAUAUUUCUCAGUAUCAGCAUUUACAUUAAAUUUAUAUUGGAAGAGCUACAGGUGAAGAAACUGGAUCCAGGCAGUUGAGCGCAGACUGCCCUCAACUACAUUCAUAGCCACCAACCAAGAAAUAAGCCCUCAAUACUACCC